AUGUCGGCUAAAGUGGCGCUUUCGCUCAUUGUUGUAUUAUUUGCAUUUGCUAACAGUGCAAGCAUUUUAGAUUAUUUCGACUGGGAAGAUGGGAAAAAGCUAAUCGAGGUGCCCGAACUGCGAAAUGAUCAACCCAAUAGGAACUGUAUGUGCAAAGGGCCGGCCUGCGUGUGUUGCGUUGACUUUAAUAUAACAUUCAUUGAUCUUGGAGGACCUGGUUGCGUUCACAUGAAAUAUGUAUCACCGGAGGACGGAUUUUCGGUUAACGUAUCGUAUGGCAAAAAUCUUAUACAUUCUUCUAAGAUUCAGGGAAAAAAUCCAGCACCAAUAUGUUUAGAAGUGUUUGGUAAAUUUGCACAAGUAUGUGCUAAGUUCAGUGACCUAGCGCCUACUUCUGAUGGUCUUCGAGGUUGUUUAGAACUAGAACCCAGGUUACUAGGAGAGGCGCAAUUGGAUUUCCCUAUCGGAUGUUUCAAGUCUACUACUGGUGGAAUGGAAAUGGAAGAUCCACCUGCUGAGCCUGAAGAAACAACGGAAGAAAAUACCACGGAAGACAACAAUACUUCCGAAGCAGAAACGUUCCUUUUAAAUAUAUACCAAACAGUCGGAGAGAGUGUUGCAUUCCUCAGCAGUCUUCUAGACAUCCCGGUGAAGAACAAGACAACUAUAGUGAGCACGACUUCUGCGCCGCAAGAGAUUUCCCAAAGAGGAGCAAAAUAUUUGAAACAUCCCAACCAAUUGUGAUAGACUUAGAUGUCGGCAUAUUUAAGUACAAAAAAAAUGCAUUUUGUAGAUUAACUUUAGCUUGCCAACGUGUUAACGCUUUCUUUUAUAAAAAGUAAGCGAUGUAUUUUCUCCUAUUUAUUGCUUUAAUAAUCGUAUAGUUGUUUUUAUCAUAAAAAUUAAUUAGUAGUGUAAUAAAAAAUUUUUAAAAAUGA